GACUGCUGCUUUGCUUGCGGCAAAGUCCACAAGUGUUCUUUAUUUCACUGAUGGUAUGAAUGAACACUGGGUCUCCCCCAUCCCAGAGAAACCGUGACAAAAAGACAGGGUUACGUUCAACGAGGGAAAAAAACAGUGACUUGAACGACGCACUGGAGCGGAAGAACUAACAUUGUUUGAGUUUGUUUAUUGUUCAAUUGAAUGACUAUCAUUAGAGGAAUGUGUGAGUGAAGGGUGUGUCAUGGAGCCGUAGUCUGUGAUGAUGAGCCAAUUUUUCCGAGCAAUUAUCAAAUCUAGUGCCUUGAGACCUUCUCCAGGAGAUUUGAUAGCGUCCUAGAAACAUCCUCUCUCCCUGCAGCUGCAUCAUCCCAGCUCUGUCAAUCGUAAUCAGCGUGAACAGUCCCUUUCAUCAUUCUCGAACUCGGAGCGAUGCCUGGACUUGAAGUGUAGUAGACUCCUUUUUUUCGCGAUAACGAUUGCGGUUGAAGUGAGUAAAAUUGACAGAUGAGCAAAGUGGUCAAAUAGAUUCGUUCUGAAAGAGGAGAAAACGCUCUUUGUCGUUGUUCCCACCCUCUGCAUUGCCAACUCUCACCAUGUCGGAUUUGGACAUUUCAAGUGCAAUUUCGAGCCAUCGGCAUCAUCGCCGAAGACGCUCCAAGUCUCCAACCCCUGAAACAGAGGGCUCAGAAUCGUCCAAGAGCUCGAAGAGGCGGUCUUCUUCGUCUUCCAAGAGAACGCCCAAGAGCAUCCUGAAGAACUCCAACCCCCAUGCUCCCUACAAAAGUGAACCCCAGACCAUCGAAGAGCUAGUGGAACGAGAACGCCCCCGUUCAACCUCAUCUGGAUCCCAUCAUCGCCAUCACAAGUCGUCCAAAAGUGGAGAUUCGGACACGGGUUCCACCCAUCGUCACAAGACCAGACGUCGGAAAGAGGGAUCCGUUGAAGAUGUUCGAGACGAGGAGGUGAGUGGACGGAAAAGCCACCACCGACAUCACGGGUCUCGAUCCAAGAGCAGCGGAAGCCAUCAUCAUAAAUCUGGGGGCGACUCUGGAGGCGAGGACACCAUAGCUCGUCGUCACCAUCGACGCCACCAUAAAAGAGCUGCUAGUAGUCCGAGCUCUGCCGAUCAACCGGAAGUAGCGGAGAGUUUUGACACGGUUGAUGGGCCUACAGAUAAUGACAAGUCGAAUGAUAGGAGCCAUGAGAGUGCUCUCCAUGCAAAUAUCUAUGACCAACCAAAGGUUCCAGCCGUGAAAUGCUCUAGUAAUCAGAGAGAUUCACCUGAGCGCCACGGAGAGCGCGAAGUGGACUCGAAUACGUACACAAAGGAGGAAGUCAAUCGGAUUUACAAAGCCAUAGUUAAAGCGGCCGAACAUUCAUCCAAGGCUGGGGACAGUUUUGAACCGACUUUUUACGAGAACGUGUCCACUAAGUCGAGCUCUGGAUCCCACUCUGCAUUGAUUACCGAUGAUUCCCAGUUGACCCAUGGGUACACCAAAGGUCUUGGAAAAGUGUGCGGUGAUGACGAUGUUCUGUAUGAUGUGCCACGGUCCAAGCAAAAAGUGGCCAGAAAGCUGCUACCCGAGGAAAUCGACGAAUUCCGGAAUAAAUGCGAUGAUCGCAAGAUCGACAGCUUGGACGACGAGGCCAUCUAUCAGAACGACGGGAUAGGGCUGGAAAAUUAUGAUAUUCCACGCAGAAAUCAAGUUGAGGAGCUGAGUGAUUUCAUGUCCCAAGAAUACGAUACUCCUAAGAUCAGAGACAGUCUGAGCACAAUCGAGGAAGAGCAUCAAGAUUACGACAUUCCCAAGCAAUCGUUUGUGCAAACUCGAACGGAGGUCCCGUCUCCGUUGAAUGGUGAUGGAAGCAGUGGUCGUGGAUCCGCCGAAGACCUUUACGAGAACCAGACCUACUCGGUUCCAAAACACAAUUCCUCUUCAACCCAAUCCCAUUCCACAAACAUGUAUCCCAACGAGAAGAACCAUCAUUAUUGCGAUUUCUCUUCCCAAAAUGAUGACCGCAGCUCUGGAUAUCGCAGCUCAUCGUCGCCCUCCAUUCAAUCUGAGGAGCUCUACGUAAAUGAAUCAGCCAUAGCUUCCAUGGAAGAUCUUGAUUCCGUGGGAUCUUCCCACAAACACUCGUCCCCCGAGCCAAUAUCGUCCACGCCACAAGUGAGAGACAUUGCCAUCGAAACCACUUUGGAGCGACAUGUCGAUCACAAGAAACCCAGAUCCGACACCAUCGGCCGAAGGGAAAUGGCCAGGGAGAAAGAACGAGCCAAGGCAGAGGAGAUCGAGCGAGAAAUCAGACGAAAGAGAGAAGAGGCCGCUCAAAAGGCGGCAGCGGCCCAACAGAAAACGCCUCAGCACCAAUCGUCCAAUCAUCCUCAGGAUCCCUCGCCUUCUUCUGAGGAAACGGUGGAACAUGGUGUGAACUUUGAAGAGUUUGAUUUCGAUGAGGUGGAGAAGCGAAAUUAUGGACCCAGGAAGGUCGAGCCGCCCAUGCCGCCGCCCCCUCCCCCAGCGACUAUUGCAGUUCACAAGCAGUCCAAGACCAUGCUCAAACUGGAACGGGAGCACGCCACCGAAAUCGCCAAUAACUUCAACGAGGGGUUGAAGAUCCCGAGCAAGUUUGUUCCCAUAGUUAAUAGUCAAAAGUUUCAACAGGAGAGGAUGACCAAAAAGCCCUCGUCUGUCUUCUCAUCCUCUGAGAGUGAUCGCGAAGAACCCAUCCGACGACUCCAAAGCACAUUAUCAUCGUCGUUAUCUUCUCCUAUUAAGAAGACAUCUUCAUCAGAUGUGCAUCCCGUUCAAUCUGAUUCCAAUGAUAAGACGGCCGAGAGAAAGAGGCAACAGCAGAGAGAUCGUUCGGUUGACGUUUAUCAUGAGACAGUCCGACAAAGAGCAACUUCAUCACGACCUAUGGCUGAGAAAAUCCUCUCGAAAGAUAUGUUUAGCCCUCCUGUAGCUUCUAUGGCUUCUCCCAUUCAAAAGUCUGUUGUCCAUGCCGAAUCUCAACCCCUAGUAAUGGACUUUGCCGCAGUUUCCACCAUUAAAAAGAGUCAAAAGAAGACAAGGGCGCCAAUCAGACCCACAGAACCAGCACCACCACCGCCCAAACCCGUGUGCGACUCGUCGUCCCCAAAGAGCUCUUCAUCUCCACCGUUGGCAUUGACACCUACCGAUGCAACGGACGAGGACGACAUGCCCUCUGUCCGACAACUUCGAUCCAAGUUCGAAUUGGACGGCGAGGGUGUCGAGGACCAGAACCAGAGUGGGUCAUUGGGGAGUAACGGGUUAUCCUCGCCGAAGAAGUCGUUUCUGGUGAUGGCGAGUCUGACAAGAAGGGGCGCGGUCAUGAUGAGCAAGACUCUUCAACAAAAAGAAGAAAAGUACAGGAAGCAGCAGCAGCAGCAGCAGCAGAAUCAUCACCAUGGCCAGCACGAUGCUGAUAUCAAGGCCCAGUCACUGAACAAGUCGAUUCAAGGGGGGAACAAUGGCUCACCAAUUAGCGGCUCACACCCAGGGUUGAAUGAACACGCUGAGAAGUUGGGACUGGUCAAUUCCCACGACCAAAAUAGAGCAACUUUUCGUUUGGCCAAUGUGCCUGCUGACUCUCUCAACUCGGAGCUGCUUGGUAAGCAGGACCGGGAAGAGGUGGUUCUCAAUGGUCAUUGGAACCCGGUUGCAAUCGUCAAUCGACUCUAUCAAAUGCUCCAAGUGGACGACAACGAGGUGGAGAAGAACUCGGCUGAUGCAGCUCAUAUCGAGGGAUUUCUCGAGCGACUACCGACGGGCAAGAAGAAGUCCACCAUUUGGAACUCGUGGAAGAAGCAAUACUUCGUUGCCAAGAAAGGCAUUUUGUACAGUUACGCGGACGACACCUGCUCGUCGCCAUUGGAAGUCCUGGAGCUUUUCGGUGGCAAGGUCGAAUAUAUUGACUCGAAAAUGCUUGGCGUUCAUGACCGAAGAGGUCACUACUUGGCCGUCAGAUGCCCCUCAGAUAAGCAAGCCCUCAAGUGGGAGACGGCCAUUAAUGCCCAUAUCAAUCAAGAUUUCUCCAAGACCUUUGUCACGCCCUCACCCAUUCCGAAAUCCCUCUCGUACUAUACUCAGAUCUUGGUGGUUGACAUUGGCGGUGCCUCGGUCCGAGCAGGCGUGGCCUCCAAGGUGCCCUCAUUGCCACAACUCUUCUUCCCGUGCGUGAUGGCCGUUGAUCACCACCAGGAGUGUUCCAAGUACUUCGGCAUGGACGCCUUUGCCAAAGAGAUUCGAUCCCGAUCAAAGCUAUCCCAUCCAAUGGUGCCAACCCACAAUGUGGACAAGUACACGGUGGAUCAGACCGCCCUUCAGGGCAUCUUUGAGAAGAUUUUCAAAGAUCUAGCUCUCGAACCCAAUGACUUUGAAAUCCAGUUAAGUGUGCCUCGUUCCUUCAACGAGCGAACGAAGCAUUCAAUCGCUGGCAUGCUUUUCGAGGAAUUCGGGGUGAGGUCUGUCAACAUGGCUCACCAAACCACCUUCGCCUUUUAUGCCUACAAUGCCAAGAGUGGUAUUAUGGUGGACUUGGGGGAAAGAAUGGACAUUGUUCCCAUUGUGGAUGGCUACAAGCUACAAGCUGGAGUAUCCAGGUCACCGGUCGGAGGCAAAGAAUUGCGGUCAAAAUUGCAGCAUUACCUCUUGGGCAGGAACUACUCGCUUACAUCAUUCAUCGAUUCCUAUGUUACGAGGUUUGCCAUCGAGAACUUGGCGUACAUGUCCCGGAACUUUGACUUGGAGCUCGAGAAGUAUUCCGACGACCCCGAGACGAUUGAUGCAUCCAUCGAAGUGGCUCCUGGCCAUUGCCACGAUGCUCCAGUUCGCACCCUCGAGAUUGGCAGCGAACGAUUCGAAGCGUGAGAGGGGCUCUUCAAACCUGAGUUGUGGGGUCUGGAUCAGGCCGGGGUCCACGUUCUGGUUCACAAGGCUAUCAAAGAGUGCGGCAUGGAUGUACGCAAAGAGAUGACUCAGAGUAUCUUUCUCUCCGGGGGUCUGACUUUGAUCCCAGGAUUCCGGAAGCGAUUGGAACUUGAGAUCGAGAAGCUCACCCCGGUCAAGCCCCGCGUGCACGCCUCUCCAUACCGUUACCAUGCAGCCUACUUGGGGGCUUGUGUUCACGCCCUCGGUGAUGCUUUCAGAGAGACCAAAAUCACUCUAGCGGAAUGGACCCAAUCAUCCCGGAACGCUGAUCUAUUUGGGACAUUGUGAUUUGGUUUCCGUGAUAUUUAGUCAGUGAAGUAUUUAUGAGAGAUCAAUCUGCUUGUGCAAUAUCAUAGAGCAUCCUUCCUUCUUUUUGAUGUACAUACAAAAUAUACGUAGUUGUCAUGUGAUACGCUGAUUCAUUACAUUCAAAGAAUUACCUUAAAUAAAUACACCAUCGUCGAACCGC